AUGACUUCCCCCAUAGAUUUCGUUGAAGAAAUAUACCGUCCAGCGUUCAAAGAUGGCUAUGCAUACAUCUCCUAUGGAUUACCCUUUACAACCGCUUGCGCGAAACAUAUCGAUGAGACGUUCCAAGCCUCCCGGGUGUAUAUCAUUGCUUCGGGGUCUCUGGCAAGAAACACUAAUCAUGUAAUCCAAUUGCAGAAAGCUUUGGGAAUGAAAGUGGUGGGCACGAGAAUUGGGAUGAGACCGCAUACCCUCUGGUCGGAGAUUCUGGAGAUAACGAAGGAGGCGAAGAGUUUGGAUGCUGAUAUCUUGGUUACGCUUGGAGCGGGGUCUUUGACUGAUGGUGCAAAGAUUAUCGCUUUGGCAUUGGCCAACGAAGCCUACACUUUUGAAGAUCUAGAUCGUCUACACGCGGGAGACGACUGGAGUCAACAACGCAACGAUAUCAAGAAACCUGAGCUCCCAAUCAUCAGUAUCCCAACUUCCCUCUCAGGCGGCGAAUAUUCCUUCCUAGGCGGCGGAACGAACGAUAGAACCCAUCAAAAACAUGGUUUUGGUCAUCCAACCCGAGGUCCCGCACUGGUGAUUCUAGACCCACUAUUAACAACCACAACCCCCGAGAACGUCUGGCUACAAUCCGGCGUUCGAGCAGUCGAUCAUUGUGUAGAAGGCAUGUGUUCACUUUCAAGUACCCCGGAGAGUGACGCUGAUGCUGCGGCGGGCUUAAAACUUCUGGUACCGGGAUUGUUGAAAUGUAAAGCCAAUGGACAGGAUGUUGAUGCGCGAAUGAAAUGCCAGAUGGGAGUCAUUGAGGCGAUGAAGGUCGUCUUUCAGCAUGGUGUUCCCAUGGGCGCUUCACAUGGAAUUGGUCACCAGCUUGGUCCUCUCGGGGUGGGACAUGGGGAGACGAGUUGUAUUCUUUUACCGGCUGUGUGUGCUUAUAAUGUGGGCGUGAAUGCUGAGCGGCAGCGGAAGGUGAGGGAUGUGUUGUGGGCGGAUGAAGAUGUUGCUCGGCUUUUCGAUGCAAGGGGACUGCAGGACGCAGAUCUCAGUCAGUUGCUGGAUGUGUUCAUCGCAGAGCUGGGCAUGCCGAGGAGUUUGAAGGCGGUGGGUAUCGGUGAGGACAAGCUCGAUUUGUUGGCGGAGAACUCGUUGCGUGAUCGAUGGUCUGCGACGAAUCCGAGACCGCUCAAGUCGAAAGAGGAUGUCAUGGAGAUUCUCAAGAUGGUGCAAGGAUGA